GGCUGUCAAAAGUGUCAAAGUUUGUUAUAGUUAUUGGAAACUUCAGAAAAGUAGGCUAGAAUAGGUAGGUGGAGUAAAGGAAGUCUAAUUUUGAUAUUUGAUGUAACCAGCUACCUGUUUUCCUUUUGAGUGCCGAGUUUGUGUUAACGAGAUGUCUUCUCCACGCCCAAAAUCACCUCGUACUCCUGUUUUGCCUAAAAAGGAAGACAAGGCAGAAUCAUUCUGGGACAAAAUUGGAACUAUAGGACGCAAGAAGGGGAUUAAGGAAGUACAAGAAGUUCAAGCAGAGGGUAAAUACGCUAUUGACUCACCGGGAAGCCCAACUGCACCAGAAAUUCCACCAGAGGAGUACAGCUUGCUUGACAAUGAAGAAAGAGCCAUUAUUGAACCUCGUUCACUAGAGGAUCCUAGAGUCAAAGAGCUGAUUCAAGUUCUGAUUGAAUGGAUUAAUGAUGAGCUUGCCAUGCAAAGAAUCAUCGUUAAAGACAUCAGCGAGGAUCUUUAUGAUGGACAAGUACUUCAGAAGCUUCUAGAAAAACUUGCCGAGAAGAAACUUGAUGUGCCUGAGGUUACACAAUCAGAGGAAGGCCAAAGGCAAAAGUUGGCAGUUGUGCUCAAAGAAGUUAACAAGGCUCUCUAUGGAUCACCUAAACCAGCUCAGAAAUGGAGUGUGGAUUCAGUUCACUCAAAGAACAUUGUUUCCAUUCUGCACUUGUUGGUGGCUCUCGCGCGCCAUUUCCGAGCCCCGGUGCGCCUCCCCGAGAACGUCAGUGUCAACGUCGUCGUUGUUAAAAAGGAUGCGCCAAAUCAACUUUCCCACAGAACUUAUAUCGAGGAUAUCACAACUACCUACGACGACCUUGGUAUGAAAGGUGAAAGGGAUGCGUUUGAUGCUUUGUUUGAUCAUGCUCCAGACAAACUUCAAGUUGUCAAAAAGUCCUUGGUUACCUUUGUAAACAAGCAUCUAAGUAAGGUGAAUCUCGAAGUGAUGGACUUGGACACCCAAUUCCACGACGGGGUGUUUUUGUGCUUGUUGAUGGGUCUCCUCGAAGGAUUCUUCGUGCCUCUCUACGACUUCCAUCUGACUCCUCAGGACUUUGAUCAAAAAGUGCAUAAUGUUGCCUUUGCAUUUGAACUAAUGCAAGAUGUUGGCCUAGCCAAGCCAAAGGCCAGACCUGAAGAUAUCGUGAACUUGGAUCUGAAAUCUACGCUGCGAGUGCUUUAUAACUUAUUUACCAAAUACAAAAAUAUGGCUUGAGAUUCUACAUCGUUCUGUUUACUUAAUUUCGAUAGUUUUAUAGUGGAAACUUAAAAUACUAAUAAGAGUAAUAAGUAUUAAAAAUGAAAUGAGUUGAAUGAAGAGAGGUAAUCAAUAAUAUAUUUUAUAGGAUUUUUAUUUACUAAAAUGUAAAUGUUGUGCCUUAAUAGUUAUA